AUGAAGCGAACGUUUUUGGAACACUCUUUUGUCUGUUCCGAAGCAGACGGAGGUUGCAAUCAUCCUUUCCAGCAUCCAACCACCACCAUUGUAAAUAACCCCUUAUUAAUGCUAGAAAAUUCAAAAAAAUUGAAACACAAUUUGCAGAAGGAUGAGUUUGAAAAUUCUCUCCUGUUAGGAGCCUCUUUUCAAAAUUCUAACACAUCACCUUCGUGCAUACUCUCCAGUAGUUCGAAUGACGUAGAGAAGAAGAAACAGUUUGAACUGCUUACCAUCAUCGGAAGCCAAGGAAACAACCAUGGAGAGUUUAAUAAUCCAUUCGAUGUAGUUAUUGAUCAUUUCUCACAACUCUUAUUUAUUUCUGACCACGACAAUAAGCGAGUGAAGAUUUUUAACUUGCACAACCUAACUCUAAAGCAAGUGAUUGACAUUUGUGACAAACCAAAUUAUAUGGCAAUUCAUACGAACAACACAUUGCUCAUUACAUCUAGGGAAUAUGUUUACAAAUAUUCGUAUGACGGAAAACAACUAUGGAAACUGUCCUCACCUUUUCAAGCGCCUACAGGAAUUUGUGUGGACUUUGAAGGGAGAAUUUAUGUCUGUGAUUGUUUUUCUCAUAGAAUAGUAGUAUUGUCUCAAAACGGACAAGUUGAAUAUACGAUUUCUUCAGAAGGAAGCAACCCUGGACAAUUGUUAUAUCCAAGAGGAAUAGACUUGGAUCAUUUGAAUAAUUUAGUAGUGUGUGACAAUGGGAACAAUCGAAUUCAAGUUUUUUCAAGAUCUGGAAACUACCUUAAUUCUUUCCAAUGCCAUCAUCAUCAGUCUCAGCACGUCAUCUCUCCAGAGUCAAUUAUUGUCGAUAAAUGUAAUGGAACAAACGGAGCACCCGUUCCAACCAAUGCAUCGGCCAAGGAAGAGCUCCCUCCGACAAAGUUUCGAUCAACAAACAUAAACGAUGAUCAAAAACAAUUAUUCCAUUGGAAAGAGGUGAAAUCAUCAUUUAACAUCAACCAAGGUAAAACAAAUCUUGAUGAAAUCAUCAAUGAAAAAGCAUCAAUCACUGAAAAAGUCAAAAAUGGAGAAUUGCAAAAGCCUAAACAAGUGCUUCAAUAUCCGUUGUUAAUGUAUGAAUUAUUGAAUAUUGUUUUACCACACAUUCCCAUCAAUAAUCAAGAAAAGAAUAUCCUCUAA